UUCACUUUGUCCCCACCUCAGGCCCUAAUCAGCUCCAAAAGUUAAUCAUCUGGAGAUGCCCUGCCAAGGGAUAUUCCCACACACACACACACAGGGGGCUGCUUUUUCCGAAUACACACCGAACAGUCCUCCCUCGGUGUCACUCGUCAACUCUGCCCCACUUUUGCGCGCCCGCAGCUGCACAGACAGACAGAGCAUGGCCGACUACGAGACCUCCGUCGCCUUCCUCGGGGAGUGGGGACGGUUCCAGAAGCAGGUGUUCUCCCUCCUCUGUCUGACCGUGGUGCCCAACGGCUUCGCCGCGCUCUCCAUCGUGUUCCUCGCCGCCACGCCGGCGCACCGCUGCCGGGUCCCCGCGCGCGUCAACCUCAGCGCGGCGUGGCGGGACAGCAUCAUCCCGCUGGAGGCGGCGCAGGAGGAGGAGAGCGGCGCGCCGGCGCGCAGCAAGUGCUCCAGGUACAAUCUGGAGCACGUCCUGGGCUUGUCGGACAGGGGCCUGCUGCCCGGCGUCGAUGUUAAUCUGACCGGCGUGCCGACAGAAGGCUGCCUGGACGGGUGGGAGUACGACCGGAGCGUUUACCUUUCCACCAUCACGUCGGAGUGGGACCUGGUGUGUGACAACAGGUGGAAGAACCCGAUGACCUCCUCUGUCUUCUUCUGCGGCGUUCUCGCUGGGUCCCUCAUUUCAGGGCAGCUCUCCGACAGGUAUGGGAGGAAAAUCGUGCUGUUUGUUACCAUCGCAGUCCAGACAGUGUUCUCACUGCUUCAGUUCUUUUCCACCUCCUGGGCCGGGUUCUGUGCUCUGUUCUUUGUCGUCGGGAUGGGACAUAUCUCCAACUUCGUGGCUGCGUUUGUGUUAGGAACAGAGAUUUUAGGCCCACGUGUGCGGACAAUUUUCUCCACCAUGGGUGUGAAUCUUUUCUUUUGCGCAGGCUACUUAAUGCUGCCGCUGAUGGCUUUCUUCAUCAGGGAGUGGAGGAUGCUUGUGCUCGGCCUCAACCUGACUGGCUUCCUUUGUGUGCCUCUCUGGUGGUUCAUCCCGGAGUCUCCUCGGUGGCUGCUCUCUCAGGGAAGGGUAGAAGAGGCUGAGGCCAUCGUGAGAGAUGCUGCUAAGAGGAACAAAAUCCAGCCUCCGCCGGUCAUUUUUAGUCCUUUGCAGAACAAACGUCCGCCCGAGGAGAAGAAGAGCCACAACAUCUGUGACCUGCUGCGUUCUCGAAACAUCCGCGGGAUUUCUCUCACACUGUGGCUGGUCUGGAACACCCUGACUAUUGCCUACUUUGCGCUUUCCCUGAACACGGCGAACCUCCACGGUAACGCAUACUUCAACUGUUUCCUGUCGGCCUUGGUAGAGAUACCAGCCUACAUUUUGUCAUGGGGUCUAUUUCGCUGGGUUUCCAGACGACUGAGCCUCUUCUCAACCCUCCUCAUGGGAGGACUGUCCCUUCUCUGCAUUCAGCUCAUACCAGCAAACCUCACUCAUCUCGCCAUCACACUCGAGAUGCUUGGGAAGUUUGCGGUGGCGACGGCUUUUGCCGUCGUGUACGCCUUCACAGCCGAACUCUACCCGACUGUACUGAGGAACACAGCUGUUGGCACCUGCUCCAUGGCCUCCAGAGUAGGCAGCAUCGUUGCUCCGUACUUCAUUUACUUAAGAAGCUAUUGGGUUUCACUGCCUUACAUCCUCAUGGGAAGUCUUACGGCGCUGGCGGGGUUGCUGAGUCUCCUGCUGCCCGAGAGCAAUGGAAUGCCUCUGCCUGAAACCAUCGCUCACAUGCAACACUUCCCCGGAUGUUGUCAGAAGGCACCUUAUUCAGCCACGCACACCGAGGAAAACGAGGAAAUUCGCGGUGAAAGGAAGCCUCCGGCUCACCCACAGACACGGAGCAGCCCUGAUAUCUAGCCAGAAGGGAGAAACAUCAAGUCUCUGUGCAUGUUUCUGCUAAAUGAUCAUUUAUCCAGUAUCACUCAGAGGAUAAUUAUUUGUCUCUCAGCAACAGGACCAAGAACAUGAAAUAAUGUAAAGGUGCCUUAAAUUGUCUUCAUGAGCCUGGAGGAGAGAACUCCAUUGCAACUGUUACCACACUUACAAAAUACUGUUCCACCCGCCACACUGAAAAAUGAAUGAUGCAUAUACAUAGAAGAAAUUAUUGAAUAUACUGAUAACAAAAUUAAUCAAGGGUUCUUUGUUACUUGAACUGCAAUAUUUGUAUCACGUUUCACAAGUGCACUUAAAGAUUUCUGAAUAAUUUGAACAAAGCUUUGUGAUUGAAGAUAGAAUUAAUAUUUACUUUUGAACAUUUACUCUCUAUUAAUAUUAUUGGAUUGCUGUUUUUUGUAGAAGGUUUGUUCGCCAACACGAUGUGCCAUAUUGUGACAGUCAACAUAAAGACAAUUUUCUGACUGGGAAAUUUUGAAUGGUGAGAAAAGACAUAGUGCAAUGAUGCACAAAUCUCCUUUAUGCAAGUAAGACAAUCAGUCAUGAUGAUAAGGUUGUUUGCUUUUGAAUGGUUUAUUAAAAGAUGAAUCUGUGACA